CAGAGCUUCCCGUAUUCUAAUCUAUAGUAUUUGCUGUUAGUUUAGUGGCACCUGGCAUGUUGGCAAUGUUUUUGACGAGCUUAGUAGUUAUCUUUUUCACUCGUAACCGUAAUAGCAUAUUAAACAUUCGUGAAAAAAUGUAAGCAGACUUGACUUACAACUACGUCAGUACGUCACUAACAUAGAAUACCUAGUUACGAUUUAAUAAACGAGUACAACUGCUAAGCGAAAUCAACACAAUGUUUUUUUUUUAAUUACGAAUAAUUGAGGAUAUAUGUUUUCAAACAAAAUAAUACAUAGGUAGGUAGGUGACUGAAGCGUGUGCCUUCUAAUAUAUCACUAUUCAUUCGGAGUCUUUGGAGUGCGAGCUGACAUUUAAGAUAGACCAUUAAAACCACAAGUAAAAAGGAAAUUUAUCAAACCGAAUACCACGCAUGCAUAAAUCAGCGGCAACUGGUAUUGGUAGAAAUAUGAAUUAAAACCGCAACAACAAACACUAAAGAUGGCAUCAUUAUUUAAAUGGUACAACUUUUGCAGCCAGACAUAUCCAAUACGGACCAAUCUUGUUCAAACAGGUAUUAUGUUUGGUAUUGGUGAUUUAAUUGCUCAAAGCGCAGUUGAAAAGCGUGAACUUGAUAAAAUCGACUGGUUACGUACAGUGCGCUAUGCAUCGAUUGGGUGUGCGAUUGGGCCGUCACUUACAUUGUGGUAUAAGACGAUGAAUAGAUUGGGAACUCAAAACACAAUACCAAUAGUAACUAAAAAAAUAUUAGUUGACCAAUUGAUUGCAUCGCCAAUUAUUACUGGAUCCAUAAUGAUUAUGAGUAGAGUGUUUAGUGGCGAUGAAUGGCCACAAAUACAAAAGAAACUAGAAAAUAACUAUGCGGACGUUUUGCUCACUAGUUAUACGAUCUGGCCAGCUGUACAGGCAUUGAACUUCACCAUUAUUCCACAACAAUACAGGGUCUUAACUGUUCAAAUAGUGUCAAUAUUUUGGAAUACGUACCUUUCAUCAAUGAGUGUUGGUGGUGGAAAAUCACAAGAAUCGUAGUAUUUAAAAUGCACUAUGGAAUUUAUAAUUAUAUUUAAGAGUUGAUAAAAUUAUAUCAAACUAUAAGUAAUACUCAAUAAAUGUUUAAGAACAUAAUUCAUAACAUACUGAGCGAAGAGAUGAAGGGGUUGAUUUUACAACGAUGUGUUUAUUCAUCGCUGAAGCUCAUGUUUAUGACUUGACAUAUUUUUUUCACACAACCAAA